CUCGAAGCAACGUCUUCGCCCGUCUUCGCCCCUUGGGACCUCCGUCAUGGCCCUGCUGGACGACGGCGACGCCACGCCGCCCUUCCAGCUCGCCGACCCGGCACCGGCGGGCGAGGGCGGUCGCGUGGGCGGGCGCUGCUGGGGACAGCCGCGCAUACGGACGGAUUGGGAACAGAUCAUCGAUGGAGAGGACCCCUUAUGUGGCCGUGUCACGACACAAGAAGCUCAAUGGGCGGUGGUGGUGACCAUGGGUAUCUCUUCGAUGCGAGAGAAGUUGUUAGCAAAGGAAGAGCUGCUGUGGUAUACGCUGAGCUUCUAUUGCUUUUGGGGCGUGGUCAUGGCAUCCAUCAACUACUCCAGUCGCUUCAAUGAUGACGACAGCUUUCACAAGGUCUUUUGGGGCGCUUUCCUGGUGCUCAUGGCGCUUCAGGUGGCCUACCUGAACCACGACAUGUCGGGUUUGGCGAUGGCCACGGCGGGUCUCUACUUGUUGGUGAGCAUCGCUCACCUGAGGGUGGGGUGGUUCCUUCGCCGGGCACGGGCCAUCUGCUUCUGCCUGGGCUUGCAAACCUUCCUGGGAGGCGUCCUCUUCGUGGUGAUCGCCAUCCUCUCACAGGGCAAGGAGCGACUGCUCCUGGCGGAACUGCCGUGCGAGGCGAUUCUUCUGUCAGUGAACGUGGUCUUGGAACCUGUUUGUGUCUUGCUCUUCAUGGCCUUAAACCGAAAGAAUCAUGGGCACAUCAGUGAGUGCUGGGACGUGCCCUUCAGCAUCGACUACAUCGAAGCACGCUUCGAGAGUUUACACAUGACCGUGAUUGUGUGCUCCUUCCUCUUCCCCAUUGGCCUUUCCGGGAACUUCUUCGCAAGCUCGCGGGCUGCGGCGGUGCGCGUGCUGGCGGCCAACCUGUAUGCGCUGAUCCUGAAGCUGGUGGUCUUCGACAUGCACGACAUUCACAACCUAAGCGAUGGCCGCAGCCGGCACGCGAUCCGCCGCUCGCGGCGGAGCACGAUCUUCUACAUCUACUCCUUCCCGCUGGGCCUCUUGGGUAUCUCUUUCACAGGCGUGGGCUUCAUGGCUUCAGUGAAAGGCCACGAGAAGGCCUUGACCCGAUGGUUGCUUUGCUUUGGUCCAGCAUUGACUUGGUCCACCUUGUCGCUCACCAAAGCCUUGCAUUCUCCCUUGGAGCCGGUCGUGCACUGGGCGAAGGUGGCCGCAAUGCUCGCUUGUGCGUUGGCCUUUCUACUUCCCUGGUUGCUGGACUUCACGGUGAAUGGCACGUUGAUUCUGGUCAUGGCCAUUGUAAGCUUAGCCUUGCUCUCUCAACUGAUCUUGGAGCGCUGGCUCUCGGAGAAGAAGGACUUCCCCAGCGGCUGGCAGUGGAAGCGCCCGAGGCUCUUGAAGGAUUGGACCACUCUCAAGGAGGUCAUUGGCCCAUGCCUCACCUCCCACGAGCACUUCUUCACCAUCAUGCUGGCGGUUGUGAUCUACAAGCUCAAUGAGAAUCUGGGUGAAACGAAGCAUGUGGAGAUUUGGGUGUUGCUCUUCUUCAGCUUCUACAUCAUUUUCUCUGCGAGCUUCGUGUAUGCGGCGCGCUUCAACGACAACGACGGGGCACACAAGUUGAUUUGGUCUUUGUACCAGUUCCAACUCCUUUUCAUGCUGGAAGGAUUGAGUACGGACGACGAGGAGGUUCAGUUCAACAUUUUGGCGCUCUCCUCUGCCGCGAUGUUCCUCCUUUUGAGCCUGGGUUUCUUUGGGCGUGCCGCCGUGGGGGUGCGCCGUGCGCGCUGCUGGAUGGGCUCCUUUGCAGUGCUGUACCUCUUCUGCGACCUGAUUGGAGUCUUUGGUUUCUUUGACCGGCAACACAGCUACUUGCUGCUCUUCUUGGUGGUGGCCGUGGUGAUGCUCUUCGAUCCCUUCGUGUUUUUUGUGGCAAAGAUGUUCAGGGCCAAAGAAGCCUGGGUCUUGCCCAUGAACAUGGAGUACAUUAUCAGUCGUUUCGACGGCCUCAUCCUUGAAGUCUUGGGUGUCGCCAUGAUCGUUCCCUGCGCCUUCUAUCCUCACAGCUUUCGCUAUCCACGCCCAGUCUUUUGCUUCGUGGUCUUGAACGCUGCCUUGGCGGUGCUCUUCAAGAUUGCGGUGCUGGACGUGGAGCCCAUCUGGGCAGAUCGCCAUGCCAUGCGACGCAGCAAUUGGGCUCAUCUCUUCUUCUUCCUCAACCCCUUCAUCCUUCUGGGCUUAUGUGGCAUUGGCGCGGCCAUGCCGCUCUUGACCAAAUCCGUGGGAGACUUUGGGUACGAAGCCCGUGAUAUGUUUGCCCAACACUUGGCCAGCUGGUCGUCCUUCCUGACCUGGAUGGCCUUGGCCGCCACGAAGAUGCUGCACAAGCCGAUGCGCAGCACCCGGCUCCACUGUCUGAAGGUCUUCGUGAAAGCUUUGGGCGCCACCCUCAUGCUGCUGCCAGUGCUGAUUCUGCACCUACGCGAUGUGAUAUUUCUGCUCUUUCUGGGCACCGUGACCUGUGUGGUCACCUUCAGCUUGAUGAUCAUCAGUAGCGAGGCAGUCCUCGCAGCUUCCUCACACAAUGAACUCGUGGCUCGCUGAGGCAUGGUAUGGAGGCGCCUUCAUGACACCGACGUGAGGAUGUGCCGAUGAGUUGGGGCAGAUGGGGCAGAUGUUGGCCACGUUGGUGAGGGGUUGGCUCGGGUCGAUGGUGAAGGGGGACCGAGACAGUGUUGCAUCAACCGUGGUCAUUGUGCUUCUAAAUGCUGCCGAAGAACGAUUCAGGGAGUCUUGAGGGAAUUGGAGGCUGCUUCCCCCCAAAAUACAUCUGACCGGUUUUUUGGUGUUUCUGUUGUGAAGCCUCUUGACUCUACCCUGGGAGUCCAGUCGACUGUAGAAAGAAGGGUCAGACGAAC